AUGCUGACUGUCGUGCUGUGUGUUGCGGCCUUGGGGCACCUCGUCCUAGGAGAGAACCCCCAGGUCACCACCUCCUAUGGUACCAUGAAGGGGCAGGUCCUCAAGUCUAGGGAUGGCAAGGACUUCUUCUCCUUUACCAGCAUACCUUACGCCAAACCACCUGUCGGAGAACGGAGGUUCAUGAUCUCUGAGAAAGCAGAUAACUGGACUGGGAUCUUGGACACAACCAAACCCAUCCCAACUUGUUUUCAGAGAAAUCAAUGGACUCCAGAACCACCUACUCUAGGGCAAGAGGACUGCCUGUAUCUGAAUGUUUUCACACCCAAAUUGACUGGAAAAUAUCCUGUUAUCUUCAGUAUACACGGAGGUGGCUUCAACUCUGGAUCAGCGGCUGGUUUCGGUUCAGCCAAAUUUUUUAUGGAUGAAGAUGUAGUCUUCGUUGCUGCUAAUUAUCGACUUGGAACUAUUGGAUUUCUUAGUUUUGAAGAUAAGGUUAUACCUGGAAACAAUGGCCUCAAAGACCAAGCGUUGGCACUGGAAUGGGUUCGGAAGGAAAUUAGUGCGUUUGGAGGUGACCCGAAUCUUAUAACCGUCAUUGGUGAAAGUGCUGGCGGUGCCUCAUCAAAUCUUAUAUGUGCAGCUCCAAGAACGAAUGGUAUCAUCAAGGGUUGUGUGUCCCAAAGCGGAAACGGCUGGACACCUUGGGCAAUCUUGAAACCCGGUGAAGGAAAGAAAAUGGCCUUAAACUUGGCAAAAGCAGUGAAUUGCACAGAAAAUGGACUCCUUAAAUGUCUGCAAGAUAAACCUAUUGAACUCGUUGGCGACAUGUCUUUACUCCAGGAUAACAACACGGUUGUGACUAAUCCUUCUCCAGUUUUGGAAUCUGCUGAUGGACCUGGAGCUAUUUUGACGAGUUGGCCAACAGCGGCAGAUCAUAAAUACCCCUGGAUCAUCGGAGUGUGCCAGGAUGACGGAAUGCUCUUUACCGGAGUUUAUGAGUACAACUUGAAAAGCAAGGAAGAAACAGAGAAGUUUAUUAAUACAUUCAACGAAACUAUUAUCACACAGCUCAAUCUGGAGAAUAAGCCUAAAGAAUUCCUGAAAAUUUGGGAGAGGUUUUUUACAAAAGGUCUCGAACCUUUGAGAGCUAUCCGAAAUUUAUUUACUGAAUACUUGUUUCUGAACCCGACUUUGGUGGCUUUGAAUAAACAUGCGGGACCGACAUAUUUCUACAACUUCAACUACACCGGAGGACCGCAGAUGUUCGUCGGUAACAAGGAAGCAAAAGGGGUUGGACACGCUGCGGAACUAUCAUAUUUUUUCGAGACUUUCAGUGAAAAGCCUGGAUGGCCUAAGCAUGCAGAUGUCCAAUUGUCCAAACAGUUGGUGAAGAUGUGGGCCGACUUCGCAAGAAAUCAAACACCAAACAGCCAAGGAACGCUGCAAUGGUCUCAGUUCCAAGGAAAAUAUUUCUUGGACAUACAGAACUCUGGAGUCACCUUAAGCAAUUUUACCCAAUACCAGGAAAUACUCGGUUUCUGGAGAGAUAUUUUUCCAGACCAUACUUCAGGAUCGUCAAGUAUUCAUUCGUCGUUAUUGUUCAUUGGAGCUUUAGGCAUCUUCACUGUCUUCAAAACAAUAUUUUUUUAAGCCUUGUUUAUAAUAUGGUCAAUAUUGAAUCAUUUGUUCGAUUUAAAACAUUGAAUUCUUAUAUAAUCACUUUUUUAUAUUAAAAAAGUGCGUAAAUUUCCUUGUACAUAAACCUUACUGUUACUGAUACUGUACUAAACUAAAAAAAUAAAGUUAAAUCUUUUUUUUUUUUUUUUCUUAA